UUAUUAUCCGAUUUAAUCCAAACUCAGGAAAUUAAGAGAAAAUGCUGUAACUAACAGCCAGCUUAAACUUCAAGCCAAAAUUUCCAUACAAAGGUGUUUUAUGAGGUUUACUAGUGGUCUUCGCCCUUAGAGCCCUGAUACAGCCGACUUCAUCAUUCACUCUGCAAACAGCAAAACACGCUACCUUCACCACCCUUCUACUGGGUCAUAGAGACCGAUUUCCCAUUUUCACGUCCGUAGAGGGUUGCACAGUGCUUCCAACUAGCGGAAACAGGCGAAAAGGGGGCGGGCUUAGCGGGAGGGGCAGCAUAUAAACCCUCGAGGAACAGGGAGGCAGCACACAUCUCCAGUGUACGAACAAGCUCACCAGGACACCCCAGCGGAGCCAUGAUGUUCUCUCUCCUGCUGGUGGCUGGUCUGGUGGCCACGUCCCUCUCAAGCCCAUUCCCUGGCGUCCGUGAAUACCCUCGCCUCGAGUGUUCCGAGAGAUGGGCGCUCAUAGACCGGACUUGCUUCCUGUUUGCUGAUGACUCUGGGACUUGGGAUGAGGGCCAGUCCUUCUGCAACCAACGGGGCGCCACCCUGGCCACCAUCUCGAGCCAAACACAGCAGGACGCCGUAACUGCCAUGCUGAACCAGAGUGUGUGGAUCGGCCUCAAUGACCGGAAGGAGGAAAAUACUUUCGUCUGGGCUGACGGGUCGGAUUACAACUACGCCAGCUGGAAUGACGAAAAUCCCAGCAACUCUCAAGACGAUGAGCACUGCGUGGAGAUUCGAAAGGCCUAUGGCUACUUGUGGAACGACAACAGCUGUAACAAUACCAUGAAGUUCCUGUGCAGCAAGCCACCUGAGUUAGUCAUCACAGCACACAAGACGGCCACCACCACCACCACCACCACACCCGCCCCCGUGUGUGAGGAAGGCUGGGAGAUGUUUGAGGACACUAUGUGCUACAAGGUGAGCGACGGACUGGCUUCGUGGCCAAGAGCCCGCGAAGCCUGUCUUGCCCAGUACGCCCAGCUGGCCGCCGUCACCUCUAAGGGACAACAGAACUUCCUGGCUGCACGCCUCACCGGCAACACCUGGAUCGGCCUGAAUGACGAGGUGAAGGAGGGAACCUUCACCUGGCAGGACGGCACGGAGCCCGGAUACACCAACUGGAUUGAAGAUGAGCCCAACAACUAUUUGCACUCCGAGAACUGCGUCGAGAUAAGCCCUCCGUUUGGCUACAGGUGGAAUGACCAAAUGUGUCAUAUUAAAAAACAGUUCGUGUGCCAGAAGCCCCCCAGUAAGACCUGUGUCCUUCCCACGAGCCUGUCAGCCUGCCAGAAACACAGGAGCCACACCAUCGGCCGCGUCUGAUACAGCAAUGAUAGAACAAGAACUGUAACGGGGCUAUUCACCGACAGCCUUUAUUUGAUUUUUUUCAGUAUCUUUAAGCAGUAACACACCUGGAUUCCUCGGGAUUUCAUUGAUACUGUAACAACACUUGGUGUCAUAUAUUACAGCAGGUGUCUUAACUGUGCCUAGUUUCACUGAUACUAACUAGCCGCGCAGUGAUUCCCAACCGGUGUGCCGCGGCACCAAGGGGUGCCGUGAGAUCUUUUGAGGGUGCCGCCAAAAUUCAGGAGAAAAAAUUGCAUUAACUUCACUCUCUCUGCGUCUGCUGCUGCUGCACAAUUUAGCGAUCGAAUUUUCAACUUAGCUACUUUUCAUUGAAUUUGUAUAAUAAUUUGUACUUAUGGAAAAUUACAAUCCAGGAGAACAAUACUAAUUAUACUAAUUAUAUGAUUUUGCUGUGUAAUAAUUGUACGGACACUGGAGAGAACAGCUUUUUUGUAAUAGCAGGAUCAGUGUAAAGAAAAUUUUCAUAUCUAUGUAUAAGGUGUUGUUACAUCGAUGCAAAAUGUCGAAAUGAAAAAAAUAUAUAUAAUAAAAAAACAACGGAGAUUUUAAAUAUGUAUUUCCUUAU